AUGUCGUGGGCAGCCAACCGGAUUACGAAGAGGGUGGAAGAUCGAGCGUACAGUUUGCUCGGUCUUUUCGACGUCAACAUGGCAAUGAUAUACGGCGAGCGCGAGAAGGCCUUUUUGAGACUUCAACAACAUAUCAUUCAGAAGUGUCGUGACGAAUCGAUAUUCGCAUGGGCCAUGGAUGACUCGAUGGGGGAGUACUGGAGCAUCUAUGCACCAUCGCCUUCGUUCUUCAGCCAACUCUCCAUCAACUUGCCCGUCCGUAGUUGUAGCCCGUCAGAGCGCAAAGCUCUCCUUAAUUGUACAAGCGAAUUUCAUCCAGACAGCAGAUUCUACAUCAUAACCACGAUAACGCAAGACUCGAAAGGCUACGUGCGUGUACGGGACUCCGAAGGCAAGAGCGAAGGCCUCAUCAGCGCCCACUCAAUAAGACACUACCACCCAACCCUUCUUCGCUUCCCAAUUGACCCUCGAAGACCUCCUAACCCCAUAUUUUAUGGCUUCUGGCUCCACACUCUGCAACCACCAGGUAAUGACGAAACGACACCCAUGAUUCUAUCAUCUGCCGAACCCCCCGAACCGGAUCAUGUCCGCCAAACGAAUAGGAGAGCCAACACUGGCAUCGUGCACUUCAAGGCACAGGGACAGGCCUCAACACGUCCACCGUGGAGCCAGAUCCGCUGGAUGAAGGUUGGCUUCGACGCGGACUACAAUCCCGUAACGACUUCUUAUCGAGUGAUUGUACAGAUACAAUGA